AUGAUGCUCCACUACCGUGUGAUCGACGCCGUGUUCCUCAAGCCGAUGGUCACCUCCAGCAUGGAUGACGAGGCCUACAUGGUCAUUGGAUUAGCCUGUGUUAUCCACGACCUCCCUGACUAUGGCUAUGACCUGAGUGUGUGCGACUGCUCCAACAUGCUAUUCACUCUUGGCGCCCGCGAUGGUCAGUACUCUGGCAUCGAGUAUGCCUUUGCAGUCACCCAGGCUGGUGUCCAAUAUGUUGCCGACGUGCACAGGUACAAUGCCAGUGGUCUCACAGUCGCCUCUGUCCACUACUGGCAGCUCUUCAAUGGUCGCCAUCUAUCCUAA